AGAUCCGCAGGAGCCAGGAGUUACCUCUCCUCCUCUCGUUCUGUUUUUAAACCUGACUGCAUCUGCGAUCACUUUUCCUACAGAGGCUGCUUUUCCUCUCAGAGGUGUUUCUUUUUUAGAAAUUCUACCAAGGAUCUGAAACCAGGACCACGGAAAGCGACAGCUCCCAACAGUUCUGCAAUUAUGAUGUCCAUGAACAGCAAGCAGCCUUUCAGUAUGCACCCCAUCCUCCACGAGCCCAAAUACACUCCUCUGCACAGCAGCUCCGAGGCCAUCCGCAGGGCCUGCCUGCCCACCCCAUCGCUGCAGGGCAACAUCUUCGCCGGCUUCGAUGAGACUCUGCUGCAGAGAGCCGAGGCUCUGGCCGCGGUGGACAUCGUGGCCCAGAAGAGCCAUCCGUUCAAACCAGACGCCACCUACCACACCAUGACCACCAUGACCAGCAUGGCCUGCACCCCAACAUCCUCCUCCGGGCACUUGCACCACCCCUCCGUGCUAACCUCGCACCACCACCCGGGGCACCACCAGUCAGCGCAGGGUCUGGAUGGAGACCUGCUGGACCACCUCACACCGGGCCUCUCUUUGGGAGGCAUGUCCGGCUCGGACGUCUGCUCCUCUGCCUCGCAUCAAGCGCACGCAGCCCACAUGUCGGCCAUCAACCAGCACAUGCAGCACCACCACCACCAGCAGUCCAUGAACAUGCACCAGCACGCACUGUCCCACAGCUCCCUGGGGGCCGGCGGCUUAGACUCAGAGCCAGACCCCCGGGAGCUGGAGUCUUUCGCCGAGAGGUUCAAACAAAGGCGGAUCAAACUCGGGGUGACGCAGGCGGACGUGGGCUCGGCGCUCGCAAACCUUAAGAUCCCCGGGGUGGGGUGUCUAAGCCAGAGCACCAUCUGCAGGUUCGAGUCCCUGACGCUGUCGCACAACAACAUGGUGGCCCUGAAGCCCAUCCUGGAGGCCUGGCUGGAGGAGGCAGAGCGCGCGCAGAGGGAGAAGAUGUCUAAGCCUGAGAUAUUCAACGGUGGGGAUAAGAAGAGGAAAAGGACGUCCAUUGCAGCCCCGGAAAAGCGCUCCCUGGAGGCUUACUUCGCCGUGCAGCCGAGGCCCUCGUCGGAGAAGAUCGCAGCCAUCGCAGAGAAGCUGGACCUGAAGAAGAACGUGGUCCGGGUUUGGUUUUGCAAUCAGAGGCAAAAGCAGAAACGAAUGAAGUUUUCUGCGACGCACUAGGGUCUCUGUUACUCAAAGACAAAUCAGAGACAACUGCUGCUGCACACUGUCAGAAAAACACAGUACACCGGGAGACCGCUCCACAGUUGAUCAGAUUUUUCUUUAAAAAGUUGUGUUUUUGUCCAUCAAGAAUUCAAAUGAACAUUCGUCGAAAACGAAUAAUAUGCUGUUUAACCUCAAUGGCUGAAUUCGCUGAAGAAAAAUCACAUUUUCGGACAAAAUAACGGACUAAAUGUCUGGUUAAGAUUCAUUACAGUGUUGUCCAUCUCGCAAAGGAGCUGUGGAAACGUUUUCCCAGAAAGUAUUCAACGAAGCGUAGAGAAACAGCUUCAGGUCUCUGGAGUUUUCAGGCCUAUUUCAGAGGAUGUGGGACACUUUCAUCCGCUCAGUAUAACCAGGAACUGUUUGUUUUAUUAAUUGUUUUUGGAAGAUUCAGCUCCACAGACCACUGGAUUCCACGGUGUACCCUUUUUAUUCUGACAGUGGAGGCGGAGCACCGGGACUAUAGCAGAAAGACUGAGAUCCUGUCCAAAAACUCUCAAAUCUUUAUGUUUCUCCACAGAAAUCUCUCUGAGACACGGGAGAAAAGUGAUCACCAGAAAAAGAAGGGGAACGAUGCUCCGUCCCAUUCAUUCAUAUGGCAAUUAUUGUACAAAAAAUAAGCAUAAUAAUGACGGGAAUCGAGGACAAUCUGACCUCGUUAGUCCGAAUAGCUUUUUUAUAUUUAUCAUUGUACAUAUUUGUGAAUAUGUUGCACCUCCGUGUGUGGAAACGCUCAUUGAAAUGUAUUGGAUUUUCUGUCUUUUCUCCCAGGUGUUUGUUUCUGUAUGGAAUUCAAUAGUUUUCGGGGACAAAUUGAGUACAAAUUGCUAAUUUAUGAGGCACACUAACUGUAAUCCAUUGCAUGGUUUACUCGUAAAAAGGGAAAAAAGGGGGGGGUUUUUCUCCAAAAACAUGAAAAUGACCCCCCCAAAAGUGAAUGCAUUGCAAUAAGAGCGCGACACACAAACACACGCACGACACAUUCACACGGUAUAGCUGUGUGGCUACCUCAUUACGCAAGUGUUGGCACGUUCAUGGUGAUUUAAAAACACACAAACACACACACGCUUAAAAAGAAAAAGUAAAAAAGACGAGUAGGAACAUUUUGUUUGUUUUAAAUGUGUUUUCUGUUUCCUUUUUGUUGUUUCUUACACCAGUUUAAUGGCGAAUUAGGCCUAGAAAAAGUCACUGAUGUGUAAACCAGUUGUAUAUGUUCACUCCAAGGAUGCUUUGACAAUCAAAUUAUUAUUAUUAUUCAUUUGUUUAUCUCCCUAUUUUUUGUCCUCAUGCUAUUUAUUAUUAUUAUUGUUAUUGUUAUUAUUAUUAUUAUUAUUA